AUGAAAUUCCUACAGUGGUUGGGAUCUUUAGUGCAUUUGGUCUUGUCUUCUCUGUCUCCCUUUUUGCUUGGAUCUGCUGCCAACGUAAAUCUUCCAAAUCCAAUAAGACCCCUCCAUAUAAGUUUGUCCAUGUUCUGAAGGGGGUUGAUAUUUACCCUGAGAAUCUCAACAGUAAGAAGAAGUUUGGAGCAGAUGAUAAAAGUGAAGCAAAGAACAAAUCAGCGAUGCCAAAGAAUUCUCUCCAUCUUGACCUGGAGAAGAGAGAUCUAAAUGGCAACUUCCCCAAAACAACCCCUAAAAUCCAGAGCUCUCCAGAUCUUGAAAAUUUGUCUCCUAAGCACUUUGCAGAAAGGAAGAAAGAUUCAGUAUCCCCUGAUAGUUUAAAAUCCAUCACUUCCCUGUCAUCUGAAGAUAAACAGGACAAGCUAGGAACUCUCUUUUUCUCCUUAGAAUACAACUUUGAGAAAAAAGCAUUUGUAGUGAACAUCAAAGAAGCACGUGGACUGCCAGCAAUGGAUGAACAGUCAAUGACUUCUGAUCCCUACAUCAAAAUGACAAUCCUGCCUGAGAAAAAGCACAAGGUGAAAACCAGAGUGCUGAGGAAAACCUUAGAUCCAGCUUUCGAUGAGACCUUCACGUUUUAUGGGAUCCCCUAUAGCCAAAUUCAAGACUUAACACUUCACUUUAUGAUCUUGAGCUUUGACAGGUUUUCCAGAGAUGAUGUCAUUGGAGAAGUCCUCAUUCCCCUCACAGGAAUUGAACUGUCAGAAGGAAGGCUGCUAAUGGACAGAGAGAUCAUCAAAAGAAAUGUUAGG